AUUCUUUCUACGGAAGCCUGUAGAAGUGUUCGGAUUGGCUCCGCAGACAAAGAACUGCUAACGGUUUUGACAGUUUUGGAGAGACGCCGAGUCGCCGACGAAAACUGUCUUGAAAUGUAACUAAUUUAUAAAUAUCUGCCUCGCCUACCUAUGUUCACAAAAUAGAGAAAAUGAUUUAUGGUGGCUGUUGGGAGCAGGAUUGCCUGGAAGACGGCAUCCAGACGGACAGAUUGAUGCCUGGAGACAAAACCUCUGGAAGAGGGCAUAAAUCUGGAAGAGGGCAUAAAUCCUCCAACACUUUCUUCAUGGAGACUGGUCCUGGAAAUCACGUCCCUCAGGCCGUCUGCGUGAACCUGGAGCCCAACGUCAUUGAACGCGCUGCUGUGAUCCAGGUAACACUCCACAGGAGAGAGGCUUUUAGGGUAAAAUAGAUGUGAAGCAGAUACUGGUGGUUAAAGAAGAAGCCCCAGACGAUGAAAAACCUAAUGUGGACCUGAGUGACCUUAAGCUCUGCCACAUAAAAGAGGAAGAGGAAAGAGUCUGCAUCAGUCAGGAGGAAGAGCUGUUCAAUGUGAAGGAGGAGAUGGAAAGUGCCAUAAAGAGUGAGGAUGAUAAACAGUCUCCUCUGCUCUCAACACUUUAUCAAAACCAAAUUAAAAACAGAAAGCUUCCAGAAGAAAACGCUGAAGGAGAAUCCAUCAAGACAGAAGAUUAUGAAGAUGGUUCCAACUCCUUGGAGUCUGAAGACACCAAGAAGGAUGAAGAAGACGAUGAUGUAAAGCAUCCUGUCUCUGAGAUGAAACACUUGGACUGUGGACUGAAAACUGAGGACAUGGACAAUAACUGGAAGGAGAGCAGAACUCCUGAGUCAGAUGGAAACCUAGUUAACAAACCAGAUUCAGAAAUAGAGUCUCCAUGCUUAUUGGAUACUAAGAAAUGUGCUACAGAGUACAAACGUGUUGACUCACAAAGGAAGGUCCAAACUGGAGAGAAAUUUAACUGUGAAGACUGUGGCAAAACAUUUAUUAGAAAACAGAAUUUAAGCAGGCACAUGAAAAGCCACACAGGACAGAAACCUUUCUGUUGUGAUCUUUGUGGACACAAAUUUAGCGAAAAAUCAUAUUUAACCGCACACAUGAGAAUCCACACAGGUCAGAAACCUUUCUGUUGUGAUAUCUGUGGGCAUAGAUUUAACCAAAGAGCACAUUUAAUUAUGUACAUGAGAAUUCACACAGGGCAUAAACCUUUCUGUUGUGAUAUCUGUGGACAUAGAUUUAGCCAAAAAACAAAUUUAGUUAUGCACAUGAGAAUCCACACAGGAGAGAAACCUUUCUGUUGUGAUGUCUGUGGACAUAGAUUUAGCCAAAAAUCAUAUUUAACCAGACACAUGAUAAUCCACACAGGACAGAAACCUUUUUGUUGUGAUAUCUGUGGACAUAGAUUUAGCAAAAAAGCACAAUUAAUCUCACACAUGGAGAUCCACACACGACAGAAGCCUUUCUGCUGUGAUGUAUGUGGACACAGAUUUAGCUAUAAAUCAUACUUAAAGACACACAUGAGAAUCCAUACAGGACAAAAACCGUUCUGUUGUGAUAUCUGUGGACACAGAUUCCUCCAAAAACCCAAUUUAAACAGACACAUGGUGAUCCACACGGGACAGAAACCUUUCUGUUGUGAUCUCUGUGGACAUAGAUUUUUCCAUAAAUCACAGUUAAACACACACAUGAGAAUCCACACAGGACAGAAACCGUUCUGUUGUGAUAUCUGUGGACACAGAUGUAACCAAAAAACACUUUUAAACAGACACAUGAAAAGCCACACAGGAGAGAAACCUUUCUGUUGUGAUAUCUGUGGACACAGUUGUAGCCGAAAAUCACAUUUAAUUAUACAUAUGAGAAUCCACACAGGAGAGAAACCUUUCUGUUGCGAGAUCUGUGGAUACAAAUUUAGACAUAAAUCAACUUUAAGCACACACAUGAUAAUCCACACAGGAGAGAAAAUAUCUCUAUUAUAACUCCAACUGUGCAGCUGCUGUUGGCUGUGAAAUAUUUAUGCCUCAUCAUUCAAGGCGACAUCAUUCACUUUAUUUUGAAGAUUCUAUUUAUUGAACACUUUCAAAGUUAUAACAGUCCUGUACAAUGCAGAUACAAAUUAUUUAAGACAUGUAGCAAAUCCUGAAUACAUCCACAGCAAUGUCCUUCUUAGGUAUUACCUUCCAGGUUGUGGUCCUUGGAGUUCUCAGAUACUCCCAACACUUUACCAAGUUUUACUGUAAAAAUGUUUUUCUCAUAUUAAAUCUUAGACUUUCCUGAGAAAUAUAGUCUGAUAUGUAGGAUUUCCACAAAUGUAUUGGGCAAUUUAGAAACUCCAGUUGUCUUUACUAUAGAUGUACAAAAAUAUAGAGAAAUGUAUUGAUAUUAUACUGAAUUUCACUCAAUAAUUUUGAGUGAAAUUUCACUCAAAUACUUAUGGAUAAUUUUGAGAGUAAAAGUAAAAUUUCCUCCCAUAUUUCUGUUUAUUGAUAUUUUUAGCUGACUCUCCCAUAAUUUAAUUAGAAUUGGUAGUUUGUGUUCAACUGUUGUAGCUUGGGGAAAAAAAUGGACACAAAGUGAACUUGUUUAUCUAGAAGAGUUUUUUUUUAAUAUCCGUUAAAUUAAUAAAUCACAGUUAAACACAGAAACCUGUGUUUCUGCCCUGUGUGUGCAGGACACACUGGACAAUUGAGGAAUUCCUCUCAAGAAAAUGAUUCCACUCGGUUUCAUCUGGGAUUUUGAGAGGAACCAUUGUAGUACGUAAAUAGUGUCUCAUCUGAAAGUAUUUAUGGGAUUCCUUCGUUUGUAGUUUGUAUGUGGCCUGUAGGGACUGGAAUGUUUUGAAUGUUUCUCCGUCCCAUAGAUCGCUAAUAAAUUCAAAACAUUCCAGUCCCUACAUACACUGUGUGAAGGUUGAGCAACACCAUGGCUGUUGGAAAGGCCUGGGUUCAGCUCCACCUCCAGAUUGAUCUGAUGUACGCCAAGUGUUCCUUGAUUCAUUGGCGUGAGGGUGAGGGCAUGGAGGACAUGGCUGCUCUGGAGAAGGAUUAUGAGGAGGUUGGAGUUGGUUUCAUUGAAUAGGAGGGUGAGACUGAAGGAGAAGAAUAUUAAAAUGACCACAAAGUUACCUGAAACAAGUUCUGUCUGUAAAAGUUCUGAAGUUUUUUUCACAUGGUGUUUAGUUUUGAAGAAUUUAAAAAUGUUGGCACCACAACCAAUUUUUGGAUGAAUGUUCAUGGUUUGAAAAUAAUUAUUUAUGUUUGAACUUUACAUUCCAUUGUGUGGUAAGAAACCUAUUUUGUCUUUGUUUAUCCAAUACAUGUCUGUGAAUCAAUAGAAAAUUACUUAAAAUCUGUUCAGUAAGAAUGUAAAUACUGUGUUUCUCUUUAUGUGAUUAAAUUGACUAAAUGUGAUCUUGUGCCUGGUAACAGGAAUCUUUAAUUCUCUGUAGUGCUUGUAUUGUUAUUGGGUAAUAUUUAAGCAUUUUAUUUCCUAAUAAAAACUAAAGUAUUGGAA